AUGUCUGGUUUAAUAGAGGAGCGUUUGCGCGUGGUGGCGAUCAUUCACGCGCUGAAAACAGUCGGCAUCCGCGUAAAAAACUGGAAGAACUUUUUAAACGCAGACUCGAACUCUGAGCUUACUUUCAGUCAGGAGAGUGUGUUUGCUUUUGGACGUAACCUGCACUUGCUUCCUCAACAUCAACAGUCUGAUAUGGGUGGCACAGUACCUCAGUUCUUGGUGGAGGCCUGUGAGUAUCUGUCACAACACCUAAAUACUGAGGGCCUAUUUAGGAAGACUGGAUCCCUGAGUCGUAUCCGUGCUUUAAGGGCAGACCUGGAGCAGGGAAAGCCAGUCUUCAAUCCCUCUUAUGCAGCCCAUCUGCAGCCUUGUGACGUGGCCUCGCUGAUCAAGCAGUUCCUGCGUGAGCUGCCAUCUCCUCUCAUCCCUGCAGACCUCCAGAACCCUCUGAUUCAAGCCCAGGGACUUGAGAUGUCACAUGACCAGGAGGGAGCAAGAAACAGAACAACUCUACUCAUAACAGCUCUGUUUCCUUCAUCCAAUGCCUGCACACUCAGAUACCUCUGCACUUUUCUACGUCAGGCUGCAGAGAGGUGCAGCGAGAACAGAAUGAACGUGAGCAGUCUGGCAGUCGUGAUUGCUCCUAACCUACUUCAAUGUCCCACCCAACCCUCCAAGCUGACUAUGGAUACUGAGAAACAUCUGGACCAGCAGGCCGCAGUCAUCAAAUCCUUCAUUCUUCAUGCAGAUCAUAUUGGUGUUGUCCCAUCAUGUGUCCUGGAGGCAUCAAAAGCAACAGAGACAACAGAGACACCUUCUCCUACAGGUGGCACUUUGUUCAGUAAGCGGACAGGACUCAGUGUGUACAGAAGUCUGAAGCGGCAAAGGCGGCGAAGUGUUGGUGAAAUAUUUGUUGAUGCUUUUUCCAAACUGAAGCCAUGCCGGACACCAACUGGACCACCGAUAGCCUUCGAUGUCAUGUUAGACCCUCAACUCUCAAAAAGCCCCACUCCUCAAUCACCAAUUGCAUUCAAACGCAAAGCCACGGAGGAGACAGUUCCUGAACUUGAAGGAUCUGCCAAAAAAAGGCGUUCUUUACAUGAUCUAAGAGAGGACACAAAGUCUUCCAUCAGCCAGCCAACAGAAGGUGAACAUAGUUCCAUGGAAGAAAAGAAUAUCAAGGAAGAUCUCAUUCCCACGACUUCCAAGAAGAGAAACCAGAUGAGCGAACACAGGAAAUCACUUCGGCCUCCAGCACAAGAAGAAAAGGUUCAUCGGAGAAAAAGAUCUCUCCGAUUUUUCACUGUGUCCAGUGGCAGCAACAGCAGCAAUGCAUUAAUGACAUCAGCAAACAAAGACUCUGAAAACUGUUUGGUAGAUUUCAGCAUAAAGUCUAACUGUAAGAGUGGUUCACCACUUGCACAUGCUGAUGCAUGUCUAAAGAUACCACUCAUUCUCAUUGAUGGACCAGGAAGAGUUGUUGUUGGGAAUGAGGUAGAAGAUGACCCAGAUCUUCUUAACUGCAGUUUUGCUGAAAGCCCAAACAACUGUCUAUACAUGGGAUCUGAAGCUUCUCGUAUUCAAAGACAGAACAGUGAACCCUGUGAAGAUGAAUGCUGGGAAGAUGAAUGCUGGACAAUACUUGAAGAUGAGAACUUUGAACAGCUAGGAAAAUGUGAAGUAAUAAAACCAGUCACUCAAAAUGAGAGUGAGGAGGUUAAUAGAAAUACAGGAGAAAAUGAGCCAGAGUUGAAAAAGGUGGAAGAACAGUCGUGCAAAGUAUCCAAAGAAAUUAAGAAGAGCUCUAAGAACCGAUCCCGUCCUCGUAGAUCUAUAAGCUUGCCUGAGGUGACACUGGAGUUGUGUCGUGAUGAGGUACCUGAAUUGGGCAAGGAAGUUGGUAGAGGUGAACCUGAAAUGGAUAACAAUGUCUGGCCAAUGUUUACAAGUUUUUCACAUGAGCAGGAAAGUGAAAGUGUAACCAUGGAGAAGCAGAUGGUGGGUAGCAAAGAAAUGGAAGGGCAAGAGAUGAAAGGAAACAUUAAAAUACUGAAGAACUAUAAACAAGACAAAAUGGCAGAUUCGACUCUUAGUUUCAAAAGACCUCAUCAACGUUUGUCCAUGGCUGAGCGGCUUAGAGGCUUUACUGCUUUGACCUUGCUUCUCCGGACAUCACGGGCAGCACCUCAGUUCAGAGAGAAACCCCAGGAAGGCCUUCAGAGAGGGACUACACGCCUCCAAAGGCAGGGGGCACGCCGAUUUGGCCGCUCCAUUAGUCAUGAAGGAGUAUCAGAGAGAUCACCUGAGCAGAGCCCUGAAAGAUCUCCUCCAGCAAAUCAGGCUUUCAUAGGAAUAUGUGGCACUAGCCCAGAUUCAGGUGUGGAGUCUGUAGAUCAAGAACCAAUUAAUAAUUUGCAUCAUCAAGAAGUCUACAAGAUUCAUAGGUCACAAAAUUCCCCCAAAGCUCAACCAACCAAUGAUGAAAAUUUUGAAUUUUCACCAAUGAGCUCAGAUAGAAAUCAACACCCAAUGUAUGAGAUGGACGGACUUUGUAAGCAAUCAGAUCAGCUUAACAAAUCAACAUGGGAUGUUGAGGAAGAUCUUGAUAAACUGUUGGCUCAGAAGUGCCACAUUGAUGAUCAAACACAAGAUCAACUGAAUUCUAGUGCUUUUCAUCAUUCUGUGGGACAUCAAGUAAUUACACCUGAUCUUAAAUCUCCAACAUUCUUCCAGCAGAUGGUGCCAUUGAAUCCCUUUGAAGACUUUAAAGUCUCUCUGCAGAAUAAUGACAUGGAAACCUCAUUGCUGGAUGCCAGUCCUCCAUUCGAGUUUCCAGUUUUUGCGUCUCUGGGUCUUGAUGGUGUAAUUACGGAAGAUGACACAAUUAACAGAUUGCCUUGUGAUCUCUCCCCUCCAGCCUUUCAUUUCAGACGUCCGACCACUAGGAGACGAUACAGGGACUCUCCCCGCUGGCCCUCACAUGAAGUCCGCAUGUCUGCUUGGAACCCCUUACCUCUUUAA